AAGCACAUGUUACGAUAGCGUGUGUUAAUUUUCAGUCGCUCAGAAACAUUCCUCGGGUGCAGGUAUUCGACAAUCUUUGGUGCUUAUUUCUAUAAUAUUUGUAAAAAAGUUUACAAGUUGAUCUGUCAGUUUUGUUAUUGUUCACGGUUUUUUUCAACAAACUACUACUUUUUCUCAAUACGUUUCGUAAAAUCAAGGAAAGGGAAGGUAAAAGUAAAUACGUCAUAAAAAAACAUGGGUAUGACACAAAGACCGUGGACACCAACAAAGAGGAGAGGUCCUAUUGCUGCAGAGUACAAUAGUCCUGGUCCUGCUUGUGUAACAUUACCCCCGUUGAUCGGAAAAAUUGUCCCCGAUUCCAAACGAGGUAGAGCUCCUGCUUUCUCAUUUGGAAGCAGACAUGCAACGAAAAAUGAUAGCCCUGGACCAGGUCCUGGCCAAUACAAUAUUUUCGGACUUAGCGCGAAAGGAAAAGAUGCAGCACCAGCAUCAUCAUUACAUAGUCGCAUGAAAUCCACGAAACAGGAAAUCACACCAGCGCCUGGUGAUUAUAAUCCAGAAAAGGCAGAAAAGAUUAUUCUGGAUCACUCACCAAAAUACUCAUUUGGCAUGAAAACUCAAACUGAAAAAAUUAAUUGUACACCUGCGCCAAAUGACUAUUGCACCGAAAAAGUGAAUUUCAACAAAUCGCCCGAGUACAGUUUCGGCUUGAAACCUGUACUGGACAAAUCAAGCGAUAUACCUGCACCUGGAACUUAUCAUCCUGAAAAGGUAAGAUUGGACAAUACACCGCAGUACAGUUUUGGAGUUAGGCCUCCUCUCGUAAAACCGAGCGAUAAUCCAGCACCAGGUACGUAUUGUCCAGAAAAAGUAAAACUGGAUACAACGCCGCAAUUUACUUUUGGACUGAGGACUCCUCUCGAAAAAAUAAAUGAUACUCCAGCACCAGGAACUUAUGCUCCUGAAAAAGUAAAUCUUGAUAAAGCACCACAAUAUACUUUUGGAUUAAAAAUAUUUCUUGAUAAGCCAAAUACUAAUCCAGCACCUGGAGAUUAUUGUCCAGAAAAAAUAAAUUUGAAUAAAGGUCCAGAAUAUAGUUUAAGUGGUAAAGGACUUUCUGAAAAACCAAAUGAUAUCCCUGCACCUGGAACAUACAGUCCUGAGAAAGUAAAUUUAAAUAAAGGUCCACAAUAUAGUUUGUAUGGGAAAGGGAUUUCAGAAAAACCAAACAAUAAUCCAGCACCAGGAACAUAUAGUCCUGAGAAAAUAAAUUUAGAUAAAGGUCCUCAAUUCAGUUUAUCUGGUAAAGGAUUACCAAAAAAGUUCAAUGAAAAUCCAGGCCCUGUUGAUUACUAUCCAGAGAAAAUAGUAAAUUUGGAACAUAAACCUUAUUUCAGUUUUGGUAAUAGAAAACCUUUGGAUAAGCCUAGGGAUACACCAGCUCCUGGUACUUAUUCUCCAGAAAAAGUCAAUUUAGAUAAAUCGCCACAAUAUUCAUUUGGCUUAAAAACAUCUUUAAAAAAAAAUAAUGAUAUACCUGCUCCAGGAAGUUACCAUCCUGAAAAGGUAAAUUUAAAUAAAUCACCCCAAUAUAGUUUUGGAGUUAAGACUGAAAUAUGUGAAACAAAUUCUAUACCAGGUCCUGGUGAAUAUAGUCCAGAGAAAGCUAUGCUUUUAUUAGAAAAAGCAUUGCAAUUUACUUUUGGUCUUAGAACAAAUAUAAAUAGAUCAAAUGAUAUUCCAGCUCCAAAUGUUUAUAAUAUUCCUUCUACUCUCGGCGGAACAAAGGAAGGAGAUAAAAAAACAGCACCAGCUUAUUCAAUAUCCGGUAGACAAAAAGAUUCUACUGAUGAUCGCAUUUUAGUUCCUGGACCUGGGACAUAUGAAGCUGUUAAACCGGAUACAGUUAGAAUAAAAAGUCCUGCUUAUAGUAUAAGUGCUCGUUAUCAACUGCCUGAUGAUCAUUCGCAGAUUCCAGGACCUGGUGCACAUUGUCCAGAAAAAGUAAUUCUUGAUAUUCCUCCAGCACAUUCAUUUGGUAUUAGACACUCGCCGUAUAUAUGCAAUUUGAAGGACACCGUUUAUUAACAUAAGAAUUUUAUGUAAUUCAGUUUUAAUUAUUAUUCUAUUUAUAAAUAAAUUAAUAAUAUAAUGAGCAAUAUAUAACAAAAUAGCAA